AUGACAUUGCCCACAAAGCAGUACGCUAAUCAGGAAGAUAAUGAAAGCUAUAAAAAGCGAUGUUUGCAGAACGUGAAAUGCUGCGUCAUUCAUGAAGACGAGAAGCACGGCUAUGAUUACAGCAUCAUUGUGGAAGGCAGCGAUUUCCGUGAUGUACUUUCUCAGCCAGGAUUCGAUGGCCGUUUCACAAACUUCAGUAAUGCCCUUUUCGUUGCUUAA